CUUCUUCCUCCUCUUCCUCCUCUCCUGUGCACCACUGGAUGCUCUCCAUCCUAUGAAGAUGGUUUUGUGGGGGAAGCUCUGCUGGCGCUAUCACACCUGGACCCUGGGCUGUUACAUGCUGCUGGCCAUCGUGGCCCUGAGACUGUCCCUCAGACUGAAGUGUGACUUUGAUGUUCUGGAUCUGUCCUCUAGGGAAUUUCAAUACUGUAGAGAUUUCUUGUACAAGACCCUGAAACUGCCAGCAAAGGGGUCCAUAAACUGCUCAGGGGUGGUCCAAGGGGAUCAGGGAGCUGUGGUCAAGGCUCUGCUUGAUAACCUAGAGAGUAAGAAGACACGGCAGCUUUUCACAGAUGCUGACUACCUCACCAUGACCAGACACUGUGGGCUCUUCAAGACCCAAAGGAAGUUCAUACAGUACCCGCUGAGCAAAGAAGAGGCUGACUUCCCCAUUGCAUACUCCAUGGUGGUUCAUGAGAAGAUCGAAAACUUUGAAAGGUUACUGCGUGCUGUGUAUGCCCCUCAGAACAUAUACUGUGUCCACGUGGAUCAGAAGUCUCCAGAGUCUUUCAAACAGGCUGUCAGUGCCAUUGCCUCAUGCUUCUCGAAUGUCUUCAUAGCCAGCAAGUUGGUUACAGUGGUGUAUGCCUCCUGGUCCAGGGUGCAGGCUGAUCUGAACUGCAUGGAAGACUUGCUACGGAGCUCAGUGCCUUGGAAAUACCUCCUGAACACCUGUGGGACAGACUUCCCUAUCAAGACCAAUGCAGAGAUGGUCCAGGCCCUCAAGCUAUUGAAUGGAGAGAACAGUAUGGAGUCAGAGGUACCACCUGCACACAAAACACUGCGCUGGAAAUACCACUAUGUGGUGACAGACACGUUGUACAUAACCAGCAGGAAGAAACAGCCUCCCCCUAAUAACAUAACCAUGUUCACUGGGAAUGCCUACAUGGUGGCUUCUCGAGACUUCAUUGAGCACGUCUUAAACAACCCCAAAGCCCAGCAACUGAUUGAAUGGGCAAAAGACACCUAUAGCCCUGAUGAGCACCUUUGGGCCACCCUUCAGCGUGCCUCAUGGAUGCCUGGCUCAGUUCCCUUGCACCGCAAGUAUGACCUCUCAGACAUGAGAUCCAUUGCAAGGCUGGUCAAGUGGGCAGACCACGAGGGAGACAUCGAGUACGGGGCAUCUUACAGAACUUGCUCUGGGAUUCACCAACGGGGGAUCUGUAUUUAUGGGUCUGGGGACCUGCACUGGUUACUUCAGAACCAUCAUCUGUUAGCUAACAAGUUUGACCCCAAGGUGGAUGAUAACGUCCUUCAGUGCUUAGAAGAAUACCUGCGGUACAAGGCCAUCUAUAGGACUGGACUGUGAGACACACUACAAAAUGAUUGCCCCGUGUGGCAAGAACGUGCCAGAAUCUGCUGGGGCUAUGUGGGGUAGGCUGCUGGGGUUCUGGACUCCAUAUGACCCUUAGUAUCAGGGAACUGCUAGUGGACUGUGGGUAAGUACAUUUGCUUCUUGUGCCCUGGGUCAAUAUGGCUGUUCUCCCCUCCCCAAUAGUUCCUCUUUGGGUUCUUCCCAGAAAGAGAAGAACCACUGUUCUUUGAGUGAGGGAGGGACGUGUUUUCAACUGUAUGGAGACACUAUUCCUAAUGUUCCUGGGGUUGGUAGUGGGAGGGGAACUUGAGUGGCAACAGCUUUUCCUUUGGUACUGUUAAAUAGCUCUACCCUUACAAUCAAAACUCUACCCUUAUAAUGUCUAUGAAGCCAGAAACAAUUUAAACCGAUAAAAUGUGUGACACUUUUCUCAUCAUAUGUGAUGACAAGUGUCUAGGAGCUGGCAAGAGAGCCUCUAGUUUUCCAGGCCAGUCCUGAAAAACUGUGUAAAUAACAAACUCAGAAGAACACAGAGCCACAGAUCUAAUUCUUUUAUUAUUGAAAACCUUCCUGCUUUUGUUUACAUUGCCAGAUUCAUGACUUUUCUGUAAGGGAAGGGCAGGAUGAUUCAACCAGCUUGACUACCGUGUGCUUAUGGGCAUGUAUGUAUGUCAGUUUCAUAGGCCAAAGCUUACUGUCCUGUGACAGAGAGCAGUCUUGUAGGAUCACAUAUAAUUUGCUGUGUAAGCUGGUGCUCCUUUUAAUAGGGGCAGAGGCUGCACUGUUGUUAAUGUUGGGACAAAAUAAACUGUCUUCCAAAGUGCCUGAUUUUUCUGUUCAAGCUUCUUGAAGCAAAACUCCCUUAUUUCACUAUGUGAAUGUCAGGGUCACUGUGAUUUUGUAGAUUCCCUCUGAGAACACAGUAAUGCGUGUAAAUGUAUAUGCCUAUGUGUAUGCGUUUGCAGACAUUUACACGUUCCUAGUAUGAAGCCCCAGAGUUCAUUCUUGGGCACUAUUCAUUCUCUUUUGUUACCAGCAGGGGCACUAAAAACCACAGGUCUUUGAAUAAGGUAUAGCUGACCUCUGUACAAUGUUUUCUAGAAAACAGAUUUAUACACAAAUUAAUAUGAGGUUAUCAGUAUGUUGUGAUGUUAAUGUGUUUCUUCAUUUCUGGUUUUGAUUUAGUUCAAGUUUUCUUUCUACAGUCAGUGUUGUCUGUAUCUCAUGAAUGUGACUGGAUUUUGUACUUGUAAGUUGGCAAUCCUUUUUUAAGACUGUCUUCCCUGAGUGACAGGCUUUGUCACCACAAACUUACCUGCACAAGCAGUAAAGUUAUCAGGUCCUCGCAGGUGACUGCACACCAUCUUUUGCCUGCAGUAGUGACUGCUCAGGCUUGUCUGUUCUUGGCCCUCUCUGAGGAGGAAGGAAGGGGGUGCUGCCGCCCCAUGGGAUAUAGGCAGAAAGACCUCCCAGAACACACAUUUCCUAUGAAAGAGCCUAGGUCUUUAGCUUCAUGGUCAACUUUCCCUAAAAGCUUUCCAAUGAACUUAGAAAUUUUCAUAUAAAUACAUUUAAGCCAUCAGCCAGUGAACUUGUCAUUUUUGGGGAAACAAGUUUCUGGAAUUUUCCUAGCAUUAAAAUUGUCUCUAGAAAGUUAGGUGGAUGAAAGUUUUUUUUUUUUUUUUUUUAAAUAACAUGAGGUUAUCAUAUCAGAAGGAUCAAACUUCAGCCUUAUUUAUUUACUGUAUCUUAGAAUUCAUAUGCUUAAACUAGCACAUCUAUUGCUUUUCCCUCCCGAGUUUCUUUAACUGUUUCUUUAACCUUUCUCUGGAAACAAGAAACCUCAUAAACGAAUCGAGCCAUUAUGUAUGCAUCACUUCUCAUGGCUUAAAUCACCUCUUCAUUCUUUGUGGCCAUUGUUGAGCAGUAUUUUCACAACUGUGUUUCUUGUUUCUGUUGCACACUCUGCCCAAUAUAAUGUUCUUCUCUUAAAUGAAAAAUUCAUUAAGAAUAGAUGAAAAGGGGCCGGGUGUGGUGGGCACACCUUUAAUCCCAGCACUCAGGAUAGGUAGAGGCAGGCCGAGUGCCACAUAGAGAGUGCCAGGUCACUGGGGCUACAGGGAGGCCCUGUCUCAAAAAGACCAAAAAAGAAAAACAAACAACAAAACACUCCAAACAAAACAACAAAAAAGUAGACAAGAAAGUAGCUGAUAAUUUAGGGGCAUAUAAUUUAGUUGGAAGGCAAAGUAGGCAAAGUAUCUUGUUUAAAAAUGGAGACAGUAAUUCAUAUCUUGCCUGCCUUGAAGUACCAUCACAGAUCAAUCUAAAGAUCUUUUCUUUUUUUUAAAAAGAAAAGAUCUCAUUAUGCACCUCUGGAUGGUUUGGAACUCGCUCUAUAGACCAGGCUGGCCUUUAAGUCAUGAUGAUCCGCCUGCCUCUGCCUCCAGAGUGCUGGGACUAAAACCGUGCGCCAUCAUGCCCAGUGCCCAGACAUCUUAUAUUCCACUUAGCCAUUAUUUAUUACAGAGGUGAAUAAGUUAUGAUUCUCACUUUUAUAUAAAACAUGGUAUACUGAAAAACA